AGGAGACACCUAUUACAGAAGAGAAUUUCCCUUCCUAGGGAUAACCUGCAAUAAUGCCGCCAUUUCCCUCAUAUUGUGGCCUUAUCAUUGCAGCUUCCCGCCAGCCAGUCCCUCUGCAGGGGAUCUGGGUUGACGUCCAGGUGAAAGGCUUUGUGGCGGACGUAUCGGCGACUCUCAAGUAUAAGAAUGAGGAGGAGAAUGCGGUGGAAGCCGUCUUUGUCUUCCCCAUGGAUGAAGACUCCGCCGUCUACAGCUUUGAGGCCACAGUAGAGGGGAAGACGAUUUUAGCCGACCUCCAGGAGAAGGAACAGGCUCACAAGACCUAUAGUGAGGCUAUCAGCCGGGGUAAGCAAGCCUUCCUCCUGGAAGAAGAUGAGAGCUCAGCGGACAUCUUUAGCUGCUGUGUUGGGAAUCUCCCUCCUGGCCAGGAGGCCGAGGUCACCCUGAAAUAUGUACGGGAGUUACCAAUGGAGGCAGACGGAGCUGUGCGCUUUGUACUCCCGGCUGUCCUCAACCCGAGAUACACCCCAAUAGGUCACAAGGUGAGCAUAACAGCCACGCGUCCUCAUGUGUCAGUUGGUGAGCUCACGAACACGCUGAGUCUGAAUGCUCACUUCCAGUCUGCAUACGGCAUCGCUAAGAUUGAGUCCAACUGUAACAUCACCCCUCUGGAGUACACAGAUAGUGAUAAGAUUCAUGCCAAGGUGUCAUUGGCAGAGGGGUACAAGUUUGAUCAAGAUGUGGAAUUUCUGGCUUAUUAUACAGAUGUUAACAAGCCCAGCGUCAUUGUGGAGGCGGGACUUGAAGCUACAGGCACUGCCCAGAAACCAGGACCGGUGCCAACAGGGUCCAUCAUGGCGGAGUCAGUGGCCAUGUUCAAUUUCUACCCGAGUUUCCCAGCUGGACAUGGGCAUUCCGAUUGCGGAGAGUUUAUUUUCCUUGUAGACCGAUCCGGCAGUAUGGAAAGGCCAAUUAAUUCUAAUUACACAAGAGGACAAGCCCCCAAGCGGAUUGAGAGUGCCAAGGAGACACUGGUUCUACUUUUAAAGAGUUUGCCUCUCGGGUGUUACUUUAACAUCUAUGGCUUUGGCUCCCAUUUUAAUUCUUUCUUCCCGGAGAGUGUAGAGUACACACAGCAGUCCAUGGCGAAUGCGCUAGGGUGGGUGAAUGAAAUGAGCGCCAACCUUGGAGGAACAGCAAUUAUGCAACCCCUUGAGAGGAUCUACAAAACAGCUGGGAGAGCCGAGCACCCCCGACAGCUGUUUAUCUUCACUGAUGGAGAAGUUAGAAACACAAAGCAAGUGAUUGAUGAAAUUCAGAAAAAUGCUCAAAAUCACAGGUAA